AUGAAUUUGUUAAAAAUAGCUAGAAAUAUAAUGAAUACCAAGAAGAAGGAAGCCACAGCACUGAAAGGUCUGAUGAAGAAAAUGCAAAAAGGCAAAGAUCACAUCAUGAAAAACGAAAAUUUUAGCCAAUAUUUCCAAGAUGAGCCAUCAGCUGACAUGUUUUUGCUUCAUUAUUCAGAUGGCCAAGAAAGAGAUUUCAGUAUCAUAAAAUCUCAUUUAAGUUCAUAUGGAGAAAUCAAGAAUUUGGUGGUAAUUCCAGGUAUUAAUUAUGGGUUCCUUACCUAUAGCUCUAUAGAUUCAGCUAUUUCUGCUUAUAAUUCUGUGAAUAUGCCUUUAAACCUGCUUCAAUUUCCAUCAAAGCCUCAUCAAAUUUCCUUAAUUUACACACCAAUUAACGUGAGGGAACUUAAAAUAGUUCAAGGAUGCUGGUGUUCUUUAAAUGUCCCAGUCCCUGGACUAAAUUUGGAGCAAGAAUUUAUCACCCCUGAAGAAGAAGAUUUUCUUGCAAAUCAUAUUGAUGAACUAUCAUGAAGCCCUUUAACAAACAGAAGGGUCCAGCAGUUUGGUCAUGAUUUUUUACAAGAAAAUCAGCCUGAUAUAGCAAUUCCGGAGUUUUUUAAUUUUAUUUUGGAUAGGCUUGAAAAUGAGCUUGGAAUCCGCUUUGACCAGAUUACUGCUACAGAAUACAUUCCUGGAGAUUUUAUAGCGCCACAUUUAGAUGCUCACUCUUCCUUUGAAGACACUAUUGUUUGUUUAAGCUUAAAUAGCCCAUCAAGCAUGAAUUUCCGCCAUCCAGAAGGAAGUGAGUUUAACCAAUUUUUGCCACCAAGGUCAAUAUUGGCCUUAACAGAUGAAGCGAGGUACUUAUGAAAACAUUCAGUUUGGAACCGAAAAUAUGAUAUACUCUAUAAGGUGAAUUCUCAAUUAAAAACAAUAGCAAAAUUUAUUUUUUAAAUAAAAUAAUAAAAACACUUAUAGUAACUUUAAUCAAAUAGGCAUAUUUUUGAAGGAAUUUCUAUACAUAGAAGACGAAGAAUUUCUCUUACUUUCAGAAAAGUAAGAAAUGUCCGCUGUGAGUGCAAUUUUCCAUCAGUUUGUGACAGAAACGAAGAAAAGCUUAUCAUAGAAGAAACAAAAGACCUCAACCCAACCAGUCUAGAAAAGGAUUUUGUGUUUGAUACUUAUGAUAAAAUCGCAUCACAUUUUUCACAUACAAGAUAUAAACCUUGGCCAAAAGUCGACGAAUUUCUAAAAGAUCAAGAACCAUUUUCUCUUAUUUUAGACAUAGGGUGCGGAAACGGCAAAUAUUUAUAUGAUGAUCCAUUAUGUAGGAUUGGUACAGAUAGGAGCUUCAAAAUGCUUGAAAUUUGUGCAGAGAGAGGAUUUUCAGUUUUUAAUGCAGACUGCUUAAAUGUUCCUAUCAGAUCAAAUUCAGUCGAUGUUGCUAUAGAAAUUGCUGUAAUUCACCACUUAUCGACUUCUUCUAAAAUAAUCACUUUUUUAAAAGAUGGAGAGCGGUGGGUCAAAGUAAAUUUUGGGUCGAUCCCAGCCCCAGGCAAGUGGAUCCGAAACUUUUAGAAAAUCCCGGGGUGGAUGCUUGUCUGGCUGGAACUCCAUGACAAGCUUUUUUACUUGACCUACAGAUGAUAUACCGAGAGCGCAAUGCUGGCAAGCACUUCAGGGAAAAACAAUUUUAUGCCUGCAUCAGGUAGGUAGUCAAGAAGGAGGCACUAACUCCCCCCCUCCAUGAGUGAACAAAAACCAUUAGAAAAAUCCCUAUUUUUUGCCCAAAAACCCACCCUCCGUGAGUGAACAAAAAUGUUUUUAAUAGAAAAAUUUUUUAUGGAAAAAAAUUUUGAUAUAUAAAUGAUAAUUAGCAUAAUGAAAUCUAGAGCUAAUUCUGUUUAAUUUUAAACAAAUUGCUUUUUAAAACAUAAAUUUUAUAAAUUAAAUUAAUAUUUGCUUUCCAAUUUUUGCGAAUUAGGAUGUUUUAAAUUUCGAAAAAAAAAUAUUUUUUAUAAAAAAUUUAUAUAUAAUUUUUUUAAAAAAAAAAAAUUAACCCCCCUCCGUGAGUGAACAAAAAUUUUUUUGUUCACUCACGGAGGGGGGGAGUAAGAUGUUUUACCCAUACACUGAGCACUACCAGAUUGAGGAGUCAGUGCAGUAAAGAUGAUACGCAGGCGCAAAUAUCCCAGAGAGACUCAUGACGUUACCAUUUUUUGGUGCCAUCAACAGAAAAAGGGCAUGACAUGACGCUGGUGAUUAAAGUCUGCGAUAGACAGUAGGGGCUGAAAUAAACCUCUAAGACACACUAGAGCAUAAUCUUAAUCUAUUCCAGUCUAAAGAAUUCAAGCAAUGAAAGAAAUUUUAAGAGUUCUUGUACCUAACGGGCAAGCUUUAAUUUAUGUAUGGGCACGAGAACAAACUGAAAGGGCUUUCACAGACCAAGACUGCUUCGUUCCUUGGCAUCUAAACAAAGUAUAUGAAAAUGAAGAAGAAGACACAAAAGGAGAACAAAGCAACGACCCAGACAAAGUCGUCUACAAGCGAUUUUACCAUGUUUUUAAACAAGGUGAACUAGAAAGCUUAGCAAAAGAAGCCAAAAUUGACGGCUGGAAAUUCGAAAUUAUGAAGCAUUAUUAUGAUAGGUCAAAUUGGUGUGUCAGGCUAAAAAAGGUUAAGGAUGAAGAAUAA